AUGGAGCGCACCAUUGAGUAUGCGACGAAGAUCUAUGUCGAACUCGAGGAAUCGGUCUCAUCCCCAGCUAGUCACGUCACUGGCCGGGCCGAGGCAAUGGCGAGGAUGCGGGCGUCAUUCCCGAGCACGGCGCUGCCGCGACAUCGGCCGUUCCGGUGCGAGGUGUGCCACUACACAAGCUCCAGCCGCUGGCACCUGAAACGCCACCAGAUGAUCCACACGGGCGAGAAGCCGUUCAAGUGCCACCUCUGCCCCAUGACCUUUGCCCUGAAGCACAACAUGGCGACCCACAUGCGAACUCACACGGGGGAGAGACCCUUCCGGUGCGAGGUUUGCCCGCGAACCUUUAGCCAGCAGCAGGGACUCAAGAAACAUGCAAUGCAGCACACGUAUUUCGGAUUUAGCUCGUCGCUGUAA